CAACAACAUGAGCGGGUCCUGAGUCGCGACCUGCAAGAAUGGUGCGCUGUCUCGCGGUGUGUUUCCUCUUCACUUGUGUGAACACUGUGUUGCACAUUCAGGACUCAUGCGCGGCUCAGGCAGAGCCCGCCGCCCCGCGGGCAGCAGCGAGCUGCGGCUGCGAGAAGUUGAAGAGGGACGCUGCUUUGGAGCGUGUUGAGGAGACCCCCGUACGUGUGGAGGACAGCACCGUGUCCGCAGACCCUGCUCACAAAUACUCGAGAGGCGCGAGGGAAAGGCUGCCAGAGGCUCGGGGAGAGGAGAAGAGCACGCAGAGUCCGAUGGUGCUGAUUUCUGGAGGACAGUUCCUGAUGGGAACAGACGAUCCCGGCAUCCCUGCAGACGGGGAGGGACCUCAGCGGCUGGUGCACGUUGACGCCUUCUCCAUGGACAUCCAGGAAGUCACUAACCAACAGUUCCAGAUCUUUGUCAAUGGCACAGGAUACGUUACUGAGGCGGAGAAAUUUGGAGACUCGUUUGUAUUCGAGGGGAUUUUGAGCGAAAGUGUGAAAAACCAAAUCACCCAAGCAGUUGCUGCCGCCCCCUGGUGGCUACCAGUGAAAGGGGCCAACUGGAGACACCCUGAGGGUCCAGACUCUAACAUCACAGACGUGCUGGACCAUCCUGUUCUACAUGUGUCCUGGGUGGAUGCGGUGGCCUACUGCUCCUGGGCCAAUGGGAGACUUCCGACAGAAGCCGAAUGGGAGUACGCCUGCAGAGGUGGCCUUAAAGACAAACUUUACCCCUGGGGAAACAAGUUGAACCCUAAAGGACAACACUUUGCCAACCUCUGGCAGGGGGAUUUCCCCAACCAUAACUCUGCAGAGGACCGGUACAUUCAAACUUCACCGGUGAAGUCAUUUCCCGCCAACGCUUUUGGUCUGUAUGACAUGGCCGGGAACGCGUGGGAAUGGACCUCAGACUGGUGGACUGUGCAUCACACCACAGAACAACAACACAACCCAACAGGUCCUCCAUCGGGCACCGACAAGGUGAAGAAGGGAGGUUCUUACAUGUGCCACAAGUCUUACUGUUACAGAUACCGAUGUGCAGCCCGGAGCCAGAACACUCCGGACAGCGCAGCCUCCAAUCUUGGUUUCCGCUGUGUCUCUCAGGGGAAACGGUGACCUGAACGAGUCCUCGUACACACAGGGAUCCAACUAUUGGUUGUGCAGUAAACCAAGGACAGGAAUUUAAUAUGUGCCAUCCAACUGACGGGUUGUUGAGAAUGUCUUUCAUUCCAGCAGAUAUUCUACGAAAUUUAAUAUUUUAUAACUUUAUUUAUAAGAAAUGGAGAGUUUUUUCUACAUAUAGAAACUUGAAUAACUAAUAAUAAUAAUUGUAAAUGUUUCACAAAUCUUCGUAAGCAGUUGUACAGGUUGACAUUAUCAACAAAAAGGUUGGCUGAGCUACAGACUAAAAGUCUGUGUGAACUACACAGCUAAUAUACAAUUUCACUCUUGAUGUCCAAGAUUAUUGUAAAAUAUUGUAAUUUUUCGCAAUCACUGAUACAUCUGUGACAAAUGUGAUCUUAAACAAUCCCGUUGUUCUUUUUCUGUGUGUUCUAAUUAGUUCAGUAAUGAUUUCCUGAUUUUUAUUUCUUUCAAGAAUUUAGUUUUACAUAUGAGUUAAUAAAAAGCAUUUUUGCCAUAA